UCAGUUAGAUUUGAUUUCAACAUGAAACUGUUCUUGACUUUGGCUUUCUGCGUUCUGGCGGCUACCGCCACUGAAAUCCGCGAAAAUGGUGAGAACGGCUGGUACGUACCCCAGGCCGAUGGAACCUUUGUGUGGGUGGACAAGGAUGUUGCCGAAGCCAACCUCAAUGCACGCUCUGAAAUCGAGGGCCGUGUGUCGCUUAAUCCCGUCACUUUCCUCUUGUACACCAAGUCCAACUUGAAUUCCCCCCAGGAGAUCACCGCCUCCUCGGCUUCCAUCUCAGCAUCCCACUUCAACCCCAAAAACCCAACACGCUUCACCAUCCACGGAUGGACCUCCAGCGCUGAGGAUUAUGUCAACUAUGGUGUCCGCAAUGCCUGGUUCACUCAAGGUGACAUGAACAUGAUCACCGUUGAUUGGGGACGUGCUCGCUCUGUGGACUACGCCUCUUCCGUCUUGGCCGUACCUGGCGUUGGUGAGAAAGUCGCCGCCCUGAUCAACUUCCUCCGUACAAACCACGGUCUGUCUCUCGAUAAUACCAUGGUCAUUGGUCACAGCCUGGGUGCUCAUGUUGCUGGCUUCACUGGCAAGAACGUUAAGAAUGGCCAGCUGCAGACCAUCAUUGGUCUGGACCCCGCUCUGCCUCUGUACAGCUACGACAAACCCAACAGCCGCCUUUCCAUCACUGAUGCCGUUUAUGUCGAGUCCAUCCAGACCAACGGUGGUACUCUUGGUUUCCUGAAGCCCAUCGGCAAGGGCGCCUUCUACCCCAAUGGCGGGAAAAGCCAGCCUGGCUGCGGUGUCGAUGUCACUGGCUCUUGCGCUCACAGCCGCUCCGUCAUCUACUACGCCGAGGCUGUCUCAACCAACACCUACCCUACCGUGAAGUGCAGUGACUACGAGGACGCCGUUGCCAAGAGCUGUGGUAGCUCCUACAGCAGCGUACGCAUGGGUGCCAUGACCAAUGCCUAUAUGGUUGCUGGUGAUUACUACGUGCCCGUCAAAAGCGCAGCUCCUUACGGCAUGGGAGCUUAAGAGACAUUUCGAAAUAAAUUGUGAUUGAAAAUAAGAA